GGUGAACACCAAUCCAGAGUUGCUUCCCAACGUCACAAUCAGUGCCGUGCUCAACAGAACUCAGCAUUACCUAACAACGUUCAGAAACAUACAGAACACUUGCUAUCAGGCAACACAAGGAAUCGUAGCCGUCAUUGGACCAGCUACCACCACAUCAGUCAAAGCAGUUCAUCCGGUCUGCGCAGGACUGCAGAUCCCACAUAUAGCCCCCUGGGCCACAGACCCUACCCUGACAGACAACAUCAACCAGUACCCAUACUUAGUCAAGAUGAUGCCUCCUGACAGCAUGCAGAGCAAAGCCAUCGCAGCUUUUGCAGAAAAAUACAACUGGAACAGAUUAGCAUUGUUUACUUCAACAAGCGACUACGGAAUUAACGGCGUGCGGGAGUUUCAGAAGAUCGCUGCUCAGAGGGAUUGGACAAUAGUUUCCUCCGAACAGUACAACCCGAUUGACAAGCCAGAAGAGCUCAACGUAGAGCCCCAGCUGCGAAGUAUACGAGAUAAAGGAGUUCGGGUUGUAAUAUUGAACGGACUUGCGGAACAUGCACGUGUCAUUUUGAAGCAAGCCAAGGCCCUAGGCAUGACCGGACAUGGUUGGGCCUGGGUCGUCACGGAUGGAAUCACCUCAAUAGAGGGCCUUUAUGAUCCGUGCCAGCCUGUCCCUGACCACCUGCUGGGUAUAGUGGGCACCAGGGUGUCUGUGGGAAGAGGGACACAUUAUAAAGAACUCCUGAGAAGACUCAAACUGGCCAGGUCUCAGGGCACCGGGAACAGUAGAAUAGGACGCAACAACUGUGGAGGAUUCGUAGACGUUUACGCGUACGCUACUUUCGACUCGGUCAUGGCUCUUGCGUACGGCCUGCACGACUUCUUGAGCUCGGGGAGGAAUCUGUACGGCCCCGAUAUGCCAUGUAACGUGUGCGAGGGCGCUCCCGGGGCACACCCCUGGGACCAAGGCGCUACCCUCUACCAGUUCAUCAAGCAGGCCAAUGGACCAGGUGCCGUGGCAGACAUCAGUUUCAACUCCAGAGCCGCGCCCAUGGAGAAUCGCUUCGACGUGGUCAACCUCAGAAAGAAGGGAAUGGCAAAGGUCGGGGAAUGGUCGGAGGAGGAAGGGCUGAGUCUGGAUGAGCACGUAGUGUUCAUGGGAGGUACCACGAAGGUUCCAGUGGACAGCUCGUACGAUCUGAACAACAAAACGCUCAUGGUCACUACCAUACUGGAGCGCCCUUUCAUCAUGAUAAGAAGUGACCCGAACCUCCGCGGAAACGACAGGUUUGAGGGCAUGUGUAUCGAUCUGCUGAACGAGCUGCAGAAGUCUCUCAACUUCCAAUACAAAAUCUACCUGGUGCCGGAUGGGAAAUUCGGUUCUCAGGAUCCCAUAACGGGAGAGUGGAAUGGUCUUGUGAGAGAACUACUAGAUGCGAAAGCUGACCUGGCAGCCGCGACCCUGACCAUCAGCUACGAACGUCUGCAGGUCAUAUCCUUCACCCAGCCCUACCUGGACCUCGGCAUGUCCAUACUCAUGCGGAGUCAGGACCCCAAGAAAAACCUCUUCGCCUUCCUGGACCCGUUCAGCCCAGACCUGUGGAUAGCUUUUGUAUUGUCUAUGAUCGUCGUGUCCUUUGGGGUCUGGUUUUGCAGCACCUUCAGUCCCUAUGGACACUACGGCGCGCAUGCACAACGUACCGACCCACAGGACACGUCCCAAGAAGAGCUGAGUAACAACCUGAACCUGUGGAACUCCUUCUGGUUCGCCUUCUCCUCCUGGAUGCAGCAGAAAUAA